UAUAUUAUAUAAUAAGAGAGCGAGGCAGAGAAGAUAUUCUUUUCCGUCUUAAGAAAGACAAAUAUGGCAACACUUUCUCUGUUCUCUUUUUCCAAUUCAGUUCCGAUACUACAGCUACGUCCCCGGUUCCCCUCUCCCCAACCCCAUUUCUCGAACCUUGUCCAUCCCUAUUCAUUCACUUCUUCUACUACUCUCAAAUUGAGUGGCUUUCGGGAUAAAACUGUGGUGGCCUUUGGAAGCAAGUCAACCGACCCAAACGAAUCCCAGUUCUUGGAUGAAAAUGGAGUGGUUGAUGAUAUGGAUGGCUAUCUCAACUACCUUUCCCUUGAAUAUGAUUCCGUUUGGGAUACUAAACCAUCCUGGUGCCAACCAUGGACAAUUGCGUUGACUGGGGCUUCUGCAAUUGCCUGUAGCUGGCUGAUCUUACACUCAGUAUUAGUCACUGUAGUUGUAUCAUUACUGAUAUGCGCAUGGUGGUACAUAUUUUUGUACUCUUAUCCAAAGGCAUACGAGGACAUGAUUGCUGAAAGAAGAAAGAGGGUGACAAACGGUGUUGAAGAUACGUUUGGAUUGAGGAAGAGUCAGUGAUACUAAAAACAAAAUAGACAUGAGUUUCUUUCCUGUCUUUUGUAAAGAUUUUAUGUAGGUCUAUAUAUUAAUUGUAUGAUUUCAUUGUUGAAAUUUAGACCAAGGUGUUUGCCUUCAAAUGAAUUUGAAUACCAAGGAAAGAAAUUGAUUACAUUUCAUGAAAAAGAAAA